AUGACUUGUUACCGAGGCUUCCUGCUGGGCAGCUGUUGUCGCGUGGCUGGGGGCCGGGCAGCGGCGCUCAGGGGGCCGGGCGCGGGAGGCCCCGCCGCGCGGCCGUGGCUUGGUGGUGAAGGCGGCGGCCGGCGGCACCUGGGGCAGGGGCAGCCGCGCGAGCUGGCGGGCUGUGGUAGCCGCCCCGACGGCGGCUUCCGCCCGUCCCGGGUGGUGGUGGUGGCCAAAACCACCCGGUACGAGUUCGAGCAGCAGCGAUACCGUUACGCGGAGCUCUCGGAGGAGGACCUGAAGCAGCUGCUCGCGCUGAAAGGCUCUAGCUACAGUGGAUUGCUUGAGCGACAUCAUAUUCACACCAAAAAUGUAGAGCACAUUCUUGAUAGUUUACGGAAUGAGGGAAUUGAGGUUCGUCUUGUAAAGAGGAGAGAAUAUGAUGAGGAAACUGUUCGAUGGGCAGAUGCUGUCAUAGCUGCAGGAGGGGAUGGCACAAUGCUUUUGGCAGCAAGUAAAGUCUUGGACAGACUUAAACCAGUUAUUGGUGUAAACACCGACCCAGAACGGUCUGAGGGUCAUUUAUGUCUUCCUGUUCGAUAUACGCAUUCCUUCCCAGAAGCCUUACAGAAGUUCUAUCGUGGUGAGUUCAGGUGGUUGUGGAGGCAGCGAAUUAGGUUAUAUCUUGAAGGGACUGGCAUCAACCCUGUUCCUGUGGACCUCCAUGAACAGCAGCUGAGUUUGAAUCAGCAUAGUAGAGCCUUCAACAUUGAAAGAGUUCAUGAUGAAAAGUUUGAGGCUUCUGGACCCCAGCUUUUGCCAGUGAGAGCACUAAAUGAAGUCUUCAUUGGGGAGAGUUUAUCAUCCAGAAUGUCUUAUUCUUGGGCUGUAGCAGUGGACAAUUUAAGAAGAAGUAUACCCACUCUAAAGGGACUGGCUUCCUACUACGAGAUUUCAGUUGAUGAUGGUCCAUGGGAAAAGCAGAAGAGCUCUGGGCUCAAUUUGUGUACUGGAACAGGAUCAAAGGCCUGGUCAUUCAAUAUUAACAGAGUGGCACCUCAGGCUGUGGAAGAUGUUCUAAAUAUUGCAAACCGACAAGGAAAUUUAAGUCUUCCAUUGAACAGAGAAUUGGUAGAGAAAGUAACAAACGAAUAUAAUGAAUCACUGCUCUACAGUCCAGAAGAACCAAAAAUACUUUUCAGUAUUCGAGAACCAAUAGCAAACAGAAUUUUCUCAAGCAGUCGUCAGCGUUGUUUCACCUCAAAGGUGUGUGUGCGUUCUCGGUGUUGGGAUGCAUGCAUGGUUGUGGAUGGAGGAACUUCCUUUGAGUUUAAUGACGGAGCCAUUGCUUCAAUGUUGAUCGAGAAAGAAGAUGAGCUUCGAACUGUGCUUCUAGAGCAGUGAAGGAUUGCCUCAGAUGACAAUUUUGAUUGCCAGAGAAAUAGUUUUACUGCAGAAAACAGCCUACCAGUCACAAAGCUAGUUUUUGGUUGCUGUUGAGACUGAUUGGCCUUGGGCUGAAAGGUGACCAAGAAAGUGAGAUUUGCAUUAUUCUUCUGAUGGAUUCUGAUGGAAAAGAUGUUCACUAUGUAAGAAAAUGGAGGACUAAACUGAUUAGAAUUCAAAACAGUGAAAUUUUGAUACUGCUUACAAUUGGUUUCCAAGAGUGUUGGUAUCUUUAUAAAUUUAGAGAGGUAGGCUCAAAUAAAAGAUUUAAUGUUUAGGAUUUGAAAUUUAACUGUACAAGUUUUUUUUUUUUUCUCCCUUUUCCUCCUCACUUUGUGGAAUUGGUCAGACCAAACACAUCUCAUUUGAUUAGUAUUUUUUUAUAGUACGUAAAGAUCAAGAUUUUUUUAAAAACUUUGAUGGAGAAUUUUGAUAAAUCCUGAUAUUGACCUAAUUGAAAUAGGUAAAUGUGUUUUUAUAUA